GGUCAAUUGAGACGGUCGUUCAUAAUUCGAAAGUGAGCUAGAUGCAUGGCCGUGGUCGUCCGACAUCCCUAAGUUCAACUUGGCCCUUCCCCCCCAUAAUCGUCCCGAUUGAUCAGCAUUCGGAUUCUCCCCCAGCCUGAUAACAGUUCAGUCAGCGAUUCGCAUCUCUCCUGGGACAACCCUCCACCCCUAUCUCAAGUGUUGCCUGCCAUGUCGAUUUAUGCCUGAUCAUACCGCACGAACACUUGCUGUCGAAUUCACGUCUUUUCUCGUCAUUCCUGCCGGACGAACUCCCCAAGUCGACACCGACACGGUUAGAACGCGCAAGACACAAGUAGCCUUUGUGAAGUCUACAAGCCAACGAACCCCUCAAUCGAGGCGCAGUUCAAGAUACAAAAAUGCCGAUCCUUCGACCGGGUCGACUGAAAUCUGUUCUCACGGCCACAGGAGCCCUACUCCUCAUCUGUACCGUUUAUGUGUACUGGGCUCCGCCUCCAGCAUCGGUAGUUCCCAGUACGGCUUUCGAGGUUCCUCUAGUUGAACGUCAAAAUGCCUUCUGGAAGGUCUUGAAACCGAUUUUAGAAGAGCAUGGGCCAAAAUGUCCCUCACCUGGUCGCACGGGCGAUGUGAGCGCUGUCCAUUUCGAUGCCACUACCACCGAUCCACGCCCCGACUUGACCACCCUCGACGAACAGGACCUACACGCCAUGGAGGAGGCGCAUGCGAGGUACAUUGAGGCGUGUCGGACAUCCGAGAAGCUGCGGCCGAUUCACUCGCCCGGCACUCGGGGUGUGGUUUCCACGGCAGGAGGGACAUACUUCCCCGUGUUUCUGUCGUCCUUGCGGAUGCUUCGACGCCUGGGCUCGACCUUACCGGUGGAAGUAUACAUGAAGGAUACCGAUGAAUAUGAGAAACAAAUCUGUGAUGACAUUCUCCCGGACCUGGGCGCACGCUGCUUGGUACUCUCUGAUGUGGUAGGCAAGAAUGCCAUCGAACACUAUCAGCUCAAGAUCUUCGCCGUGCUUUUUUCAUCCUUCGAGGAGGUCAUCUGGAUGGACGCCGACUGCUUCCCUCUGACCAAGCCCGAAACCCUGCUCGACGCGGAGCCAUUUAAGGCGGCCGGUCUAGUAACCUGGCCGGACUUCUGGGCGUCGACCGCAUCCCCGCUGUACUACAACAUUUCCCGGCAGGAGAUGCCUCCGAUGUCGGCACGCGCCUCCUCAGAGGCCGGGGCCUUCCUCGUCUCGAAGAAAACGCACCAAAUGACCCUGCUCCUGUCCGCCUACUACAACUACUACGGCCCGUCGCACUACUUCCGACUCCUGUCGCAAGGCGCCCCAGGCGAGGGCGACAAGGAGACCUUCCUGCAAGCAGCCUCAGCGGUGGGCGAGCCGUUCUACGCGGUGAGCGAGCGGGUGCAAGCCGUAGGCCACGCCAAACCAGGCGGCGGGAUCUCCGGUUCGGCGAUGGUGCAGACGGACCCGAUCGAAGACCACGCGCUGACGAGCGAGGGCAAAUGGCGCGUGCAAGACCCGUCGGUAGCCAAGGCGCCGCACGCGUUCUUCAUCCACGCCAAUUACCCCAAGUUCAACCCGGGGGAGAAGGUUUUCGGGAUGAAGUGGGAGACGGCGCCCACGCUCCGAGCGGACGGGUCCGACGGCCGGGCGUGGGUCGUGCCCGAAGAUACCGUCCAGCGGUUCGGGUACGACGUCGAGCGCGCGUACUGGGAGGAGAUCAAGAACAUCAGCUGCGACCCGCAGAUCAGCUUCUGGACGUGGGAGCGCAAGGAUGAGAUCUGCGAAAAGGUGGAGAGUUAUUGGGGUAAUGUCUUUGCGGAGCCGCAUGAUGAUGAUCCCCAGUUUGUCGAUGCGAGCUGAAUUUGAUACCACGGAUUCGUUCCAUCUUUUGAUAUUGAUAUUCUGACGAUAUGGCAUGGUUUUUAUGAACGACGACACGGUUUCUGAGCCAGCUGUUGUGUAUAUACAUUCUAC